CCCAACCGCCCGAAUUCCAAUCGACAGCACAUAAUUUUGUGCCCAAUAACUUUAUGAGAGCUACUAUUCAAGAAUUCUUACCCGAAGUGCCCGGCCGUAUACAAGCGACAAACAAUAUUGAUGAACUCUAUUGCAUAGUUAAAUAUCUGUUGGAAGCGUAUAAAGUAUGCUUGUCUACAGAAAUUAUUACGAAUAAUACUUCUUCAGAUAAUGCAUCCACAGAGGAGAUGGUUGUAAGGAAUGGUGAUAAUCACGAAACGCAACAAGAAAAAUUUGAUAUUGAUCAAGAAAAUUCAAAUGUGAUUGAAAAUGUUAGAGUUGACACUACACCAAAUGAAAUGAUARACGAAAAAAGAAAAGCACACUACAAAAUGCAACUGUCCAAAAACAUCGGUUUAGCAACAAUAAAUCAAUCUAAGUUAUCCGAUUUACCAGACUUAUUCAAAGAUGUAAUAUCUACCUCACAGGAUCAAGAGACUCCAAUGUCGACUACUUCUAUGAUCCCUUUUAAACGUAGAAAAACUAAUUGUAGCGUUAACUAUAAUAAUCUAGGUGCUGGACUUGACAUUAUUCCAAAUAAGGGUAUACAUAUAACGGAGCGGGAAUAUGCAUUAAGAAAACCUUUAUCGAUGCGAAAUUGUUUAAAAAUUGUUCCGAAAAACCAUACACUCAUCAAUAUUAUGCGUAAAAUGACGUAUAAUUUCUUUCCAUUGGAAGACAUAUGGGCGAACGCUGCAUCGCCUGAUAUGCAUCAAAUUGUACCGUUUUCUGAAGAUCAUUCGCAACUAGAAGAGGGCAGUGCUGCAGGGACAUCGACAAGCAUCAAUAUUGCUCGCCAACAUGUGACGGUAUCAUCGACUUCGGGUUUACCUCCAAUACAAUUGGUGCGAUCACAUUCGGACGGCUUAUCAAUGCAAAUUCUGAAUGAGCAAUUCAAUACACCAGAGGAGAUUUCAGAUUUUUUGCCACGAUGCACAGAAACUAGCGGUCAACAGGAACAGAGUGACAUUUUGCCUGAAUCAUCGACAGACAUUACAUUUCUCACCCCGUAUCCGACAACAAUCUCCGCAGGAAUAUUAUCACGCUCAGAUGAGGAUCAGUUAAAAAGUGUUAAAAAAAUUAAGCUUAUUUCAGGCCCUUUAUUGGCCCAACGCACAGAACCAUCAACCUCUAGAACUGCAACUUUACCAUCAAUACGAGAAGAAGAAUUUCGACGAACAUUAAUAAGGAGGACUGUUCGUAACAGCGAUAUCUCUUCAACGCCGUUACGUCCCUUAGACGGURUAGCUUCGGAAGGGAGGGAAGUACCGCAUUUUCAAAGUUAUGCAAAUGAGGGCAGCACCGAACUCAUCACUGGUGAUAAUAUACAAAGCACAGAAGCUGGUAUAGUCUCGAUAGUAAAUCAAGAUGUGCAAACAUCUGCCAUUGGGGUCUCUAAAGAUUUUGAAGCAGUUGAACAAACGACUAUAACUCAACCAUCACAACACCAAAAGGUUGUUGAAAGAAAAACAGAUAAGAAAAGUUUGCCAUCAGGAUCAUUGUUACUUGUCCAAAUACCUGAGGAGUUAGACACUUUAAAUGAACCCCGGAAUUGGUUGGAAGUACUACGUGAACGGCAAGUGGAUCUACAAUAUAAUAAAUUUGGAUUUUUACCAAAAAAACGCAAAAGAUGCCGUAAGCGCCGAGCCCCGCAGAAUUUAAAAUUGACACGAGCAUGUGAUUUUGAUGUGAGUUAUCAAACCAAUAUUCCUGAAAUACUUCACGCUUUAUCUCCUUUGCCCAGUCAAUUACCAGUGCCACUAGAAUCGACGGCGGACGUCACACAUAUCUGUAAUUUGAAUAAUGUACACGAAACACAACUUACAGUUGUAGAGCAGCCAUCUUACGAACAAUUUGUAUAUGAGCACAUCGAGUCGAUUUCGACUAUCAUGGAUAACCUAGUUGAAUGGCAGAGUGUGUUAAAAGCUUGCAAUCGAAAUAGUGAAACAAAUACAUCAACUGCGUUACUGCCAGCAUAUUACGCUUACGACGUGGAGACCCUUCUAAAAGCUGACAUAGCACGCCUGCAGCUCAAAAUUAAUUUAUUGCAAGAGAUUAUUCGCAAUGUGUCGUUUAAUGUGAUGAAGAGUCGUUUAUUGAAAAACAGAAGUCUUGCUGCGGUUGCAUUCAAUUUUUUAAUAGAACUCGAAUCUGCCGGGGUUAUACGAAUAAAGGAGCAUGGGCAUUGGGUGGAAUUAAUUUAACUUUCCCUCAUUGUGCGCAUUUUUUACGAUUAGUCAGUAUUUUUUUUUUAAUGAUGAAUGAUUCGCAACCUUAGAAGUAAAUACCUAAAUAUAAUUGAAACAUCAGUACUUGUGCGUGUGUCUAUCAAUGUUGAAUAUGUACACUUACAAUCAARUAUGUCCCGGACUGCUGCCCUGUCAACUGAUUGUGUACGACAAUAUUGAACAACGAGUUUGCUUGUGUGCUUGUGUUUCCAAUAGAAUCACGGCUAGGAGAAUGUUUCGUUGAUGUGUCUUUCUAUCUGCCGAGCUGCAAAAUCCUCUUUGGGGAACGCACCAUGAGUCCAUUGACGCAGAAGAUAAAAAUCGCCAGACAAUUUGCGUCGUAAUAUCCAAAUUCACACCAACAUAAAAAAUUGUUUGUAGAUCUCUUUAUCCAUUCGUAUACGUGCGUAGUUUAAAAUCAUCGGUCUAGGUCAUAUUUUAUCUUAAGUGAAUCCACCACUGCUUUAACUUGAUCUCUUAUGAGCCUAAUCGAUCUUAGAUAGGUAGUAUCGCUGAUGACUCAUGUUCGUACAAUUAAACAAGCAAUAUUAGGKCAAUAAAUGAAAGCAUUAUUGGUAUCAAUAUGCGAUUUCCGAAUAUAAAAUGUCUAUCCGAACUUUUUGAACUGUUGACUCUUUAGGUCGUUGUAUUUCUGCUGCAGUUGGAUUAAAUGGGUAGCAGCAUCUGUAUGGAUAAUUUGRGUUGACUAGCUUCGUAUUAUUGCCAGCAUAAUUUCCUUUUCCGCUAUUGUUAUGUCGUUAUUAAUAUCAAAAGUUUAAAUUAAUUGGUUUGUAAGUUCAUAACAAUAUAUACCUCCUCAUCACUUAAAACUAAUGAAAUAUCGCAGUAUACAUGUUUUUUUGUCGAAAGUAGAGUUGAAUGUGCGUUCAAUAAUAUGCGUCCACUAUUAAAUUUGUCCCUUAUUUAUUUAAUUUAA